AUGGAUUUCAACAGCUCCUCGCCCUUCCCCGAGGGCGUCAUAUCCUUCCUGGAUACCGACCUGUACAAGCUGACGAUGCAAUGCGCCGUCUUCAAGUACUUCAGAGACGUUCCCGUCACCUACGCCUUCACAAACCGCACACCCGAGAAGAAGCUGUCGAGAACCGCCUUCAACUGGCUGCAGGAGCAAAUCCGAAAACUCGGCAACAUCUCCCUCUCGGACGAAGAGUACCGCUUCCUCAAGACCCACUGCACCUACCUGACCGACGAGUACGUCAACUUCCUCAAGGAGUUCCGCCUGCACCCGAGCAAGCAGGCCAUCGCGACCUUCCACCCCGUCGGCGAGGACACCGGCGCCGACUCCGACAUUGGCGACCUGCACGUCGAGAUCAAGGGCGCGUGGCUCGAGACGAUCCUCUACGAGAUCCCCCUGCUGGCCCUCACCUCCGAGGCCUACUUCCGCUUCAUGGACACCGACUGGAGCUACGAGGGCCAGGAGGAGCAGGCCUUCGACAAGGGCAUGCGCCUGCUCGAGGCCGGCUGCACCUUUUCCGAGUUUGGCACCCGCCGCCGCCGCGACUACCACACCCAGGCCCUCGUCUUCCGCGGCCUCGUCAAGGCGAGCAAGGAGGGCGAGAAGAAGGGCUUGCCGGGCAAGCUGACGGGCACGAGCAACGUCCACCUGGCGAUGCGCUUCGGCAUCCCGCCCGUCGGCACCGUCGCGCACGAGUGGUUCAUGGGCAUCGCCGCCAUCCACGACGACUACCGCGCCGCGACGGAGCUGGCGCUGCGCUACUGGGUCGGGUGCUUCGGCGGCAAGCUUGGCAUCGCGCUUACGGACACGUUCGGCACGCAGGAGUUCCUGCGCUCCUUCAGCCAGCCGGUGCACGCGCUGGACGGGGAGGACGACAGCCAGUUCAAGAAGGCGGACGGCACGCUGCAGACGUACGCGGAGCUGUUCCAGGGCGUCAGGCAGGACUCGGGCGACCCGGCGGACUACGUCAAGAUGCUGCGGCAGUACUACGACAGCCAGGGCAUCACGGAGAAGAAGAUGAUGGUGUUUUCCGACUCGUUGGACAUUGACAAGUGUCUGCAGUAUAAGGCCAUUUCCGAGGCGGCGGGCUUCACGCCGACGUUUGGCGUGGGCACGUUCCUUACUAAUGACUUUAAGCACCUCAAGACGGGCACCAAGUCUGUGCCGUUGAAUAUUGUGAUUAAGCUGAGCUCUGCGAAUGGGAAGCCGGCCAUCAAGAUUAGUGAUAACAUCGGAAAGAACACCGGCGACAAGGACACCGUGCAAAAGGUCAAGAGCCAGAUUGGCUACGUCGAGAAGGACUGGCAGGGCGGCGACGAGACGCAGAGAUGGGGCAAGGAAGAGAAGGCAUAG